AAAAACCAAACCUACCUUUUCCUUUUUCCUUUUUCUCAAUUCGAUUCCUAUGGCACCGAAGCGGCUCGUCGAAGAUCUACCGUCCGCUCAUGCCUUUUCAGAUGCAGAAGAAGAAUCCGAUUUCGAGACUCAUGAAGAUCCAGAAAUCGAUAAUCUAAUGAACAACUCUGAGGAUGAGAACGAAGAACACAACCAGGAAGACGAUGAUGAAGAAGAAGAAGAAGAAGAACAUGAUGAAGAACAGGAGCAUGAACAAGAAAUCCGUUCUCCUAUCAUCUCCAAACAUGAAAAUUCUCUCGAAAAGGAUUCUGGGUUUGUCUCGGAUUCCGAUUCUGAGAAAACCCAAUCAUCCCCAAGUGCUUCUGCUUUCACCAUCAAACCAAUUCUUCGAAAAUUGGCUACUGAUUCUUCUAAACCUAAGAAGAGUUCUCACAAAUCGAGCAUAGAUUGUGCUACUACUGCGAAGCCUGUUUGUUCAGGUUCGAAGCGUCUUAUUGAGAAUCACUUUCAAGGGAAUGAUCCGAAUAAGAAGAUCAAGAGAGCAAUGAAUGGCGAAGAUAUUGAAGAAGUGAAAAGGGUCUCUGGCUCUGGCAUUAAUAGGCUUUGGAGUGAAGAUGAUGAGAUUUCCAUAUUACAGGGCAUGAUUGAUUUUCAAUUAGCAAAAGGGUCUGACCCUUAUACUGAUAUGAACCAAUUUCUUGAUUUCAUAAGGGAAAAUCUAAGUGUUGAUGUGUCAAAGAAUCAACUGAUUGAUAAAGUGAGGAGGUUGAAGAAGAAGUAUAAGAACAACUCAGAGAAAGGUAGGAAUGGGGAUGAUCCUGUAUUUUUGAAACAACAUGAGCACAAGUCCUUUGUACUUUCGAAAAAAAUCUGGGGCAAUGAAGCAAAGAAGAAGCCAAGGAAACAGAGUGUGAAAGCUAGCAAUUCAGUGUCUAUAAGCUCGCCAAGAGUGGAUGUGGAAGCAGGGAAGCUUAAAGAGAUUAUUAACUAUAAUAAUGUUGAGAGUAAGAUUUUACCAGAGGAGUUUCUAUCUGAAUAUCCAUGGCUGAAAGCUUCUUUCAUGGUGGAGAAUGAUAAGUUUCGUUCAGAAGGGUUAAUGCGCCUUGUUAGAGAAAGAAUGCCAUCAAUUGGGAGUGAAAAGGCAAAGGAAUUGGAUGAUAAAUGGAGGAAAUUAGGCGAAAGUGAACUGGAAUUAUAUGUGAAGAAGGUUGAUUUAGUUAGGGAACAAUGUAAACUAAUAUUGGAUUCAAUGGGGAAGGCAAAGAGAUCUUCAUAAGCUAACUAAUCAAGGUAACUUCUAGUUUCAUGGGGAAGUCUUUUUCUUUUUUCUUUUUUUUUUCUUUUCUUUUCCUUUUUGGGUCUGGAAUUCUUUGAACUAUGAACAUUUUGGAGUGUAUUUGUCCACAAUAUGCAAAGAAACUUGUACACUCUUGAAAAGGGGGUUAGCUAGAAAUGGUUCCUUCUGUAUUUUUCCGAAUUAUAAUAUAUAAUAGAUGAUAUUCCUUUUUAGUGUUCUUACA